CCAAUCCACCCCUAUCACAAUCCCCAAACCAUCAAACAAUCAAGGGCAUUAUAGUCAUUUGAGAGUAGACCAAGCUUCUAUAACCAACCUCCCCCAGAAAGCAAAACCACAACACCACCACGCUCUCUCUUCUUCAACCUCUCUACAAAGUUUCCGAUUUCAACCUUAAAACCCCAAAUUUAUUAUCUUUUUCCAAACCCCAUUUCAUUUCCCUCUUACCCAUUAUUCAAUUCGCUCUCGUUUCGUUCAUUCAAUCAUUCUUUUGGUGGUUUUUUUCGAUUUCUUGACGCGUUUUCCGGUGGUGGGUCCCCGAUAUCGGGAUGGCGGCGGGGACAAUGGCGACGGCGGCCGGAGCGGCGGUGAUGCUGUACUACGUGAGCCGGAGGCUCGCCAGGAAGGAGGUGGAGGAUGAGGAUCACUCCGGCGAUGAUGAUUUGUCGAAAUCGAGUAGAUCGCUUCGCCGGAGGAGGAUCUCACGGCGGCCGGCUCAGGCGCCGGCGACGCUGCUUGAAUCGAUCGUUACGUUGUCGGAGACGUUGAGGUUCACGUACUCUGAGACGCUUGGGAAGUGGCCUAUUGGUGAUUUGGCGUUUGGGAUCAACUACUUCAUGAGGAAGCAGGGUAAUUUGCAAGUUGCUAGUGUGUAUGCUGGGAGUGAUUGUGUACAACUCAAAGGGGAUGAAAUAAUUGUGGAGUUAUAUGAGUUAUUGAGGCUGUUGACACUGUGCAUGCUUUUCUCUAAGAAGCCAUUUCCUGUGUUUUUGGAUUCUGCUGGAUUAACCCUGGAUGAUGUGCUCUUGCAGAAGCCUAAAGCUGCGCUUCUGAAGCCUGCUUUCACAAUAAUACGUGAUGAACAGUCAAAAUGUUUACUUCUAUUGAUCCGGGGUACUCACAGCAUUAAAGACACGCUGACAGCUGCAACUGGUGCUGUUGUGCCCUUUCACCAUUCGGUUUUAACUGAUGGUGGGAUAAGCAACUUGGUUUUAGGGUAUGCACACUGCGGUAUGGUUGCUGCUGCUCGUUGGAUUGCAAAGCUCUGCACUCCUACCCUACUUAAGGCUCUUGGUGAAUGUCCAGACUUCAAAGUCAAGAUUGUUGGGCACUCACUUGGUGGUGGUACUGCUGCACUAUUAACAUAUAUUCUUAGAGAGCAGAAAGAGUUCUCUUCAAGCACUUGUGUCACAUUUGCCCCAGCUGCGUGUAUGACAUGGGAGUUAGCAGAAUCGGGAAAGCACUUUAUCACUACCAUCAUAAAUGGUUCUGACUUAGUGCCCACAUUCUCAACUUCCUCAAUUGAUGAUCUCCGAUCUGAGGUCACUGCAUCGUCUUGGUUAAAUGAUUUACGGGACCAGGUUGAACAGACAAGGGUCCUAAAUGUUGUAUACCGCUCAGCAACUGCACUUGGAUCUCGCCUACCAUCUAUAUCCAGCGCAAAAGCUAGGGUUGCUGGUGCUGGUGCUAUUUUGAGGCCAGUAACCAGUGGCACUCAGGUUGUGAUGAAACGUGCACAAAGUGUUGCUGAAGCUGUUGUCAGAACUCGAUCAUCGUUGUCAUCAUGGUCUUGCAUGAGUGCACGCCGCCGAAAUGUUAGUUCAUCGCCAAAUUCUAAAACAGAAGUCUUAAGCGAAACUUCUCUAAUAAUAGCUGAUACGUGUACGAAAUCUCUUUUGACCGAAGAGACAGUAAGUGAUUCUCUGCUUAAGGACGAACAUAGUUCCUCAAGUGGAGGAUCUGGCCAUGACGACACAGAUGAAGAGGAACAGCUCAUUCCUGCUAACCAAGACGUUACCACAUCCACUGUAGAUGACAUAACAGAAGGGCAGCUAUGGUAUGAGUUGGAGAAAGAGCUUCAAAAACAGGAAAGUACCAUAAACAUUCAUGCUCAGGAAGAAGAAGCUGCAGCAGCAAAAGAGAUUACUGAAGAAGAGAAUCAGCUUGUUGAUGCUGCAGAAUGCAGUGAUUCAAUCACAACAACUGAGAACUUGGACAAUCAUCGAUUUUAUCCCCCAGGAAGAAUCAUGCAUAUUGUUUCUGUACCUUCUUCGUCUGAUGAUUCAAAUUCAGAUUCUGAUAAUCCUCCUGUAGAGGAACAUGUCUGCUUAUAUGAAACACCUAGAGAGUUGUACAGCAAGCUCUGGCUUUCAAGAACGAUGAUAAAUGAUCAUUACAUGCCAAUGUAUAAGAAGAUGAUGGAACUAUUAAUCCGAGAACUAGAGAAAGAUAGUAGCUGUAAUACUAUAAGAAUUUAAUGGGUAUACACUGUCAGUGUAAACUUUGUUUACACAGUCGCCCAAUUGAAUUCCGUCACAUCAGCAAAUAUAUUCUUGUUUUAAUUAAAAUUUAAGAUGAAAGAUAUUAUUUCACUUAUAUGGCAUGUUGUGAUUGGUUGUCAGUGUAAAACAGUUUUACACUGACAGUGCAUAUCCAUUAAACUCUUUUAUGUUGUAAUUUAAAUAUUAAUAAAUUUUGUAUAGAUGAAUUCUUUUAUGUAAA